CUUCAGUCUUAGCUAAAAUGGUGGAAGUCUGGAAUAUGAAUUGGGGUAAAUAUGUAUUAGUUUUGUUAAUUUCUCGUAAGAUGCGAUGAUUUGAAAUACGUAUUCAACAAUUUUGGUAGAAAAUAUGUCCUCUAAAGGGAACGAACUUAGAAAACUUAGUGAAGAAAGCUUACAGAGACAACCUGAAGAAGUAUUUGAUGUACUUGAAAAGUUGGGCGAAGGUUCCUAUGGAUCUGUGUAUAAAGCGAUGCACAAAGAGUCAGGUCAGGUAGUAGCAAUUAAGCAGGUGCCAGUUGAUACCGAUCUUCAAGAAAUUAUUAAAGAAAUUAGUAUGAUGCAACAAUGUGACAGUCCGUAUGUUGUAAAGUAUUAUGGCAGCUACUUCAAGAAUACAGACUUAUGGAUUGUGAUGGAAUAUUGUGGAGCUGGUUCAGUUUCUGACAUUAUGAAAUUACGUAAUAAAACUUGCACUGAAGAGCAAAUUGCUUGUAUAUUAAGUUAUGCUUUGAAGGGACUUGAAUAUCUUCAUUUAAGGCGGAAAAUACAUAGGGACAUAAAAGCUGGAAAUAUUCUAUUAAAUACAGAAGGACAUGCUAAACUUGCAGAUUUUGGUGUUGCUGGUCAACUCACGGACACUAGCAAAAGAAACACAGUAAUUGGUACUCCAUUUUGGAUGGCACCUGAAGUGAUACAAGAAAUUGGUUAUGAUUGCUUAGCGGACAUUUGGUCUUUGGGUAUAACAGCAAUAGAAAUGGCAGAAGGAAAACCUCCAUACGCAGAUAUUCAUCCCAUGAGAGCGAUAUUUAUGAUUCCCACAAAACCACCACCAUUCUUCAAAUAUACUGAUAAAUGGUCGGAAGAAUUUAAAGAUUUUGUCCGAAGUUGUUUGGUAAAGAAUCCAGAGCAAAGGAUCACAUCACAAAUGUUGCUAAUGCAUCCGUUCAUACGCAAGGCAAAACCUUGUUCAAGCUUAAUUGGUAUGAUAAGGGAGGCCUUAGAGGUGCUUGCUGAAGAUCCAGAAGAUGAUGACGAUGAUGAAGACAACGCAGUUCCUGAAGAUAAUGAAUUUGAGGAGGAUGAAGGGGUGGAAUGUGGGACAAUGAUUGUGAGUAAAGUAUCUGAUGGGAUAAAUGAUGACACCAUGGUGAUUAACACUGAAGAUAGUACGAUGGUGAUCAAUGAUGAUCAUGAAACAUUACAGUCAGGAAUGGGAACGAUGGUUAUAAAUGAUGAUGAUGAUGAAGAAGGAACAAUGAAACGAAUUGGUACAACAGAGUCUAAAGAACAGUAUCGACCAUCAUAUAUGGAUCAUUUUGACAAGAUGUUUGAAUCACCACAACAAACCAAUCACGUCAAUGAUUGUAAUUCCAAUGGAUCAGCGGACUCUCAAGUAAUAAUGAGAAGGACAGAGGCGUCAUCCUCUAGUCCUCCCAAGAAAUUUGGACCUGGUGAUUUUGAAUUUUUACGAGGUUUACCGUUUGAUGAACUUUUAUCGCGAAUCAAUUCUUUGGAUUCGGAAAUGGAGAAAGAAAUUGACCAAUUACGCAAACGUUAUCAAGGAAAACGACAGCCGAUUCUUGAUGCUAUGGAAGCAAAAAAACGACGACAGCAAAAUUUUUAGCUUCUACUUUUGUGCAGCUCUCGUAGGAAAAGCACAUAAUGUAUAACUUUGCCUGUGGGAUCCUGUUGCUUGAAAGAUGACCUUCUUCGUCCUUGGCAAAUGUACAGCAGCAAUUGGAUAUCAACUCCUUUGAAAAUCUUUAAUCUUUAUUCCAUGGGGUAAUACUGUAAAAAUUUUGAUGCUGUGAAUAAGCGGAGGCACUAUGAAAUGUACAGCUGGAGCGAGACAAAGUCUAACCAUCAAUAUUUCAAAAACUGGUCCUGGAGUGCCAUAUUUGCAAUUGUAUUAUCGUCAACUCUAGUUCAGCGACGUGUGGAUACAAACACUUGCUUUUCUUACAAAAGUACCCAAAAUACAUUAAAACGUACGAAAAAUUUCACACACUUUUUUAAUUAUAAUAAGUACAGUUAGGAAAUAUGCAGAUUUGCAGUGCUCAUUGAAGAUUUAUCCUGGAAAUAGGAGCAGCUUUGAGAGGAUUUUCAGACUGAUUGAUGUUGUAUUCAUCGUUUUUAGAAGUUUUCAAAAGUUAUGCUUGAAAAGAACAAACAAAAUAGCAUCAUUUAGCAAUCUCUUAUGAAGUGAAAAUUGUGCAAUAUUUGAUAUCUAUGUCCUUUAUUUAAUUAUACUAUCAAUAUGUCACAUCAAA